UAGCCUUCUGGGUUAGGGUGAGUUGUAGGUUCCUAUCCUUGGGCGAGCACCGCUGGGCAGUGGUGGAGCUGCUGGACACCGACAAUGGAGAGCGCGCUAGCCGUGCCCCGCCUACCCCCACACGACCCGGGGACGCCGGCGCUGUCGGUGGUGGACAUGCACACGGGCGGCGAGCCCCUGCGCAUUGUGCUGGCUGGGUGUCCAGAGGUGGAAGGGCCCACUUUGCUGGCCAAGCGGCGUUACAUGCGCCAGCACCUUGACUACGUGCGGCGGCGACUCAUGUUCGAGCCCCGGGGUCACCGGGACAUGUACGGAGCUGUCCUGGUGCAGAGCGAGCUUCCGGACGCUAACCUGGGCGUUCUGUUCCUGCACAACGAGGGCUACAGUUCCAUGUGCGGCCACGCAGUGCUGGCGCUUGGCCGCUUCGCCCUCGACUUCGGGUUGGUGCCUGCACCCCCAGCCGGCACCUGCGAGGCCCGUGUCAACAUCCACUGCCCAUGCGGGCUGGUGACCGCUUUUGUGGAGUGUAAGGGCGGCCGCAGUUGUGGCCCUGUGCGCUUCCACAGCGUCCCGGCCUUCGUGCUGGCCUCAGAUCUCAUGGUGGAUGUUCCUGGACAUGGAAAGGUGGUGGUGGACAUUGCAUAUGGUGGAGCAUUUUAUGCACUGGUUAGUGCAGAAAAGCUUGGACUUGAUGUAUGUUCUGCGAAGACAAGAGACCUUGUGAACACAGCGAGUGCAGUGACAGAAGCAGUGAAAGCUCAGUUUAAAAUUACUCAUCCUGAUAAUGAAGACCUUUCCUUUCUCUAUGGAACUAUAUUAACAGAUGGAAAAGAUGCUUAUAGUGAGGAACCAACCACCAACAUCUGUGUAUUUGCAGAUGAACAGGUUGACAGGAGCCCCACUGGCUCAGGAGUGACAGCCCGAAUUGCUCUGCAGUAUCAUAAAGGCCUUCUAAAACUAAACCAAACCAGGAUCUUCAAAAGCAGUGCAACUGGCUCUGUGUUCACAGGGAAAGCUGUGAGGGAAGCAAAAUGUGGUGACUUCAAAGCGGUUAUAGUGGAAGUAUCAGGACAAGCGCAUUACACAGGUGCAGCAAGCCUUACUGUAGAAGAUGACGACCCACUGAAGGAUGGAUUUCUUCUCAAGUGACCUCUUCCGUGACUUUUAAGGGAUUUCCUUCCAAAGUAAUUAUUAUCUGUAAUCAAUGUUUCCUUUAAAUUAUGUGUUAACCAUUAUUGAGUGAAUCAUGUCAUCUAAUAUCCCUUCUUUCUAAAAUAGUACACUGUAGUGAAAUAGACAAUUAUCCCCCUAUUUUCAAAUGGACUUUGAUAUAAAUAUCACUUAUGUCUACUAUACAAAGUGCCAAAAAUUCAGAAACUUUUCUAGUCAUUAUCUUAUCAGGUAAAAUAGAACCUUAGUUACUUAAAUAUUACUCUAUGGUAAUUGCUAUAAGAUUUUGUUUUAGAGAUUCUUUGAAUAAAAUUUGUAAUUGUAGCCUUCUCAACAAUAAACUUUACAAUUUUUUUA